AUGGUCAUGAACAGGUUAGGAUUGGUGUUUCACGAAGACUGCUUGGGUGGUGACGAGGGAUUCGGUGCAGAUGAGCUAUUAAGUUUAUUCGAGGAAGAGGAACCCCGCAGCUUGGAGGAGGUGAAGGAAGUUUUUGACGUGUUUGAUGAGAACAAAGAUGGGUUUAUAGAUGCAAGAGAGUUAAACAGGGUGAUGCGUCGUUUGGGUUUGAAGGAAGGGAUGGAAGUAGAGGAGUGUUCAAGAAUGAUCCAAGCCGUUGGAAAGGAUACGAAGGAAAAGAUCGAUUUCAACGACUUUUUCAGGUUUAUGGAGAGGUGUUAUUACUGA